AAGUAUGUUAGUAGUGGUGUAGCCCACACUCUGUUCCAGGCACUGUUCCAACUGCUUCCAUACCCUAACUAACUCAAUCCCACUAUAUCCAUUUUGUAAAUGAGGAAACUAGGGCAUGGAGAGAUUAAGAAGCUUGCAGAAGUCACACUACUUGUAAAUAGUGGAACUGGGCUUCAGAACUGCCUAGUCGUUGCUAGGCUCAGUUUCCUUGUCCUUCAGCAGACAGUUACUGGGUCCCUUCUAUUGGCAAGGGGUUGAGCUGGAUCAUUUCUAAGACUCGGUAAUUCAUCAGGUACUUCCUGAGUACCUACGAUGGGCCAGUGAAUCAAGGAGUGAAUGAGAUGAAAGUCUCUGCUCUUGUCCGACCGUCAGUCAACACAUAAUAAGUUUUUAGAUAAUGAUAGUCUGUGACUAACAUAAAGUCAGGGAAAGGACUGGAAAGUGAUAGAGGGGUGCAGAGAUAGUUUUCGAUUUUGUGGGCUGAGAAGGCCUCCCUGAGUCUGUGUCAUUUGAACAGAACCUGUUUGAAAAGAGAAGCUAUAACCACAUGGGAAUGUGGGGGGAGAGGAGUGAUCCAGGGAGAGUGGCAGCAAACAGGGGAGCCCUGAGGUCUAAAAGGGCCAAGCCCUGUAUCCGGAGUGGGAUGAGCUAGGGGAGAAUGGCAGUGAUGAGGUCAGGGAGAAUAUGAGGCCCCGUUGGCCCUCUCGGGUUUUGGGAGGGAGUUUGGGUUUCAUUCCGAAUGUGAUUGGUUGUCUUUGAGAGUUUUGAGCAGGGGAGUGGCAUGCUUUGAUUUUUCAAAGAGCUCUCUGGCUGCAGGGUGGAAGUCUGACUGUAGGGCAGCGAAAAUGAAGCAGGAGGCUUUUGUGUUGCGCCAAGGAUUCUCGGUUCUUACAUCCUCUGAUUCAUGCUGGUCAGAAAGGUGCUGCCUUUCCACAGUACCUGCUCAAGAACUUAGGUCUCUUCGUUUAGCACACCUGCUGCUAGAGGACUCAGACCCUGUCCUUUUCCUCCUGUGUUUCUCCUAUUUUCCCUCCGUGUUUCCUUCUCAUGGGGCCUGUAUCUUGAGGGGGGAGUCACUUGGGGGCAUAACUUGUACUAAGAUCCUCAGGGAAAUGUUAGCUUUCCCUGAUUGGCUUUAAAAUCAGAAGCUUCAUAUUUACCCAGAAGGAUUUAUGGCCAGAUAUUGGAGAUACAGGGCGCUGUUGGGUUGGAAAAGCCACACUGAAGGCAUUCAGCUUGCUAAGAACCUGAACCCGGCGCUAGAAACCUGGGUUCAGUUCUUAGCGUAACGAUGCCAAGCUUCACUGGGACGCGAUACCUGACCUUCUGGUCUGCCUCCUUCUCCGUAGAGAUGUUAUGUGUCUUGCUAACAUCAUGAGCUGCAAGAGCUGUGAAGAAAUGAGAACGUGGAAGCGUUGUGUACACUUGUGCCAUGGAAAGCCCGGCUGGCAGGGUCCAGUUUUAGGAAAUUGUAGACAUUUGUAGGUCAUUGGCUAUUUGUACAUGCUUAUAUGUUGGCCCAUGAAACACCCAAUAGUAAGGGUGUGAAUGUUUGCCUGGUCACACAGUCCUAAGAGGAAAGAAUCCUCAGUGUGGUAAGAUCUGUUUGACUGACUCUCCCCUCCCCUCCCCCAUCUCCUCACCUCCCGUGAAGUGACUUGAGAACAGGCUAACUUCCCACUGUCUGGCAGAGACAUCUCGGACCUUUGUGUGAGCUGUUUUUGGAAAGUUGUUGGCAGAGGGCCCCAGAGCAAAGGUCAGGCGAGUUGGCUUGGAUUCACAGGGAGACCUGCAGAGACAGACGGCACACACAGACAGGUGCACACCCACCCAGCCACCCACACAGGUAAACAAGGCACAGUCAUAGCAGUCAUAGUUGUUGGGGACUCAGCGGUGUUUGUGGAUGUUACAUAUGUAAAUAAAUGAUUUAAAACUGUGAAAGCUGCUUCAGGGGAAGUAUCUUCAAAGUUUUAAGAAGAUUGACUAAUUCUGUCAGGGGACAGAUGAAGGAAAGACCCGUAUUCCGGGGUGGGGGGCAUUUGAAAGAUGCCAGUGAGAUGCUCGGAGACCGCCACGUAAGCAAGAGGUGUGAUUUCGCCAGCAACAGUGAGGGGUCCAAAAUGGUGUGGUGGGUUCUGGAACUGAAGCCAUGAGAAACAAGGCUGGUAGGAUCCUUUGAGGCCAGAUGGAGGAAAGCUGCUGUCAGAGCCCAUGGUGGCUUAUCUGACUGAAGAUUCUGAGUUCUUUCUUUCUCUUGUGCGAUGUGCUGCCAUCGCUGGAGUCUCUCUGUGGCGGGUGUUGAUGAAAUGUCAGCAAGGGGGGCCCUGCGGUUCCUCAUGCGGUGCCUUGCCCCCGAGGAUCUCAUUUUGCCCAAUGGUGGCACUCCUGCAGGUACUUCGAGUCCCGCUUCUUCGUCUUCCCUUCUCAACAGACUUCAGCUUGAUGAUGACCUCGAUGGUGAGACCAGAGAUCUCUUUGUCACCGUUGACGAUCCCAAGAAGCAUGUCUGUACGAUGGAGACCUACAUUACUUAUAGGAUCACCACCAAAAGUACGCGGGUGGAGUUUGACCUGCCAGAGUAUUCUGUCCGUCGAAGGUACCAGGAUUUUGACUGGCUGAGGAACAAACUGGAGGAGUCCCAGCCUACUCAUCUCAUUCCCCCGCUUCCUGAGAAGUUUGUGGUGAAAGGUGUUGUAGAUCGUUUUUCAGAAGAGUUUGUGGAGACCAGAAGAAAAGCUUUGGAUAAAUUCCUAAAAAGAAUUACAGACCAUCCCGUGCUUUCUUUCAAUGAACACUUCAAUGUUUUCCUUACUGCUAAGGACCUGAACGCCUACAAGAAGCAGGGAAUGGCCCUGCUGACCAGAGUGGGCGAGUCUGUCAAGCAUGUCACCGGAGGCUACAAGCUGAGGAGUCGACCUCUUGAGUUCGCAGCUAUUGGCGACUACUUAGAUACAUUUGCGCUCAAACUGGGAACCAUCGACCGGAUAGCUCAGAGGAUCAUCAAAGAAGAAAUAGAGUACCUUGUAGAGCUGCGAGAAUAUGGGCCUGUGUACUCCACGUGGAGUGCAUUAGAGGGGGAGCUGGCCGAGCCCCUGGAGGGGGUGUCAGCUUGCAUUGGCAACUGCUCCACAGCCUUGGAAGAGCUGACAGACGACAUGACAGAAGACUUCCUACCUGUGCUCAGGGAAUAUAUUUUAUACUCUGACUCUAUGAAGAGCGUCCUGAAGAAGAGGGACCAAGUGCAAGCGGAGUACGAAGCCAAACUGGAAGCUGUGGCUCUGAGGAAGGAAGACCGCCCCAAGGUGCCUGCGGACGUUGAGAAAUGUCAGGACCGGAUGGAGUGUUUCAAUGCAGACCUGAAAGCCGACAUGGAGAGAUGGCAGAACAACAAGAGGCAGGACUUCCGGCAGCUGCUCAUGGGAAUGGCAGACAAGAACAUCCAGUAUUAUGAGAAGUGCCUCACGGCAUGGGAGUCGAUCAUUCCACUACUGCAGGAGAAGCAAGAUGCCAAGUAAGUUCCCUCCUGGGACAGAGACUCUUCGACCUACACAGGGCAUGGCGUCCCGGAACGCCCCUGUCGUGCCAGAGGCCCGGCACUGAGAAAACAGCCACAGAAGCAUCUCUCCUUUGUGUAUUUCUUCCCCUGCCCGCCUCUCCCUGUUCAUCCACCGCUGGUUUUCCAUUAGUAUUUAUUCCUUGGUGGAGUCCGCAGGGCUGGCGUCAUCCCUCAGCAGAAGAAGCUUACCUCUGUGGCUCAAAGGAGCCGACAAAAUGGAACAGCUGAGAAGACGUACAGCUGGCCAGCCUGGCUGACAUUCCGACAUCUCAUCACGGAGGCUCCUGUCUGGGGGGCCUGCAGCGUUGCCUGUGCUGGGAGAGAGCCCGGCUUUUGCUUUUCGAGGACAUGAGGAAGGCGUGAACAGAAGGCAGCCCCUGUGUUCUGUGGACACAGGGUGACUCCAGGAUGGACCCUGUGGGCUACUGAGUCAUCACAGCUGAGGCGGAAGCAUUGGCAGCUCCGUGGAAAGCCCUUCCCUAAUGGACCGUGGCCUGUAGCGUGAGCGUGGCCCGCCAGCCACUCGUGAUAAACGACAGCCGUUUUCUGGCUCCCGGGUCCCUCAGGACAGUCUCCGUCAGUGUCUGUGCUGGAGUGAGCAAGCUGGCUUCCUUGGCCUUGCACACCACCUCGGGAAGCCGAGGGGGGCCGUGCUCCCCAGACUUGUUUCUCGCACCAGAAUGCAGUAGAUCGGAAACUUGGUUUUGUGUAAGAUGGAAAAAAAAAAAAGGUGCAUUUUUCUCUGUGAAGUUCUUCGAUGUUGUUUUUUGGCUUGUAAAACGCCGUCAGAGUAGAGAUUAGGCCCGUCAUGGGGAAUCCAUGUGGCCGGAAGUCUGAGCAGCUCCCCGGGAGCGGGGAUCGGCAGGGUUGCAGCAGGCCUCAUUCCCACACCUGCCCCGUGCCGUCUGCCUUCACCUCACCCGAAAGUCCCCAUUUAGUGUUCCCUGCCGCGUCCACUGAAUGUUUGCGCAGACUUUUGCUGAGAGGCCGUCAGCGCUGUCGUGACACGGUCAAGAUUUUGUAAACUCAAUGUGAAUGUUCUACAUGAAGUGCUUUAACCCUUGAUGAUGUCCCGGGUCAGGAGUGGAAGUCCGUAACCGCAUGGGGCUUGGAGAGGACUAGCGUAACAGAGAUGUCUUUGCUUCUAGAUAAGCUAGACUCUCCUCCGUUCGAGGAGCCAAGCUCCUGGCGACUGCCUGCGGCAUCUCCCAUCUUCACUUCACACUACAACCAGAGGAUCUAUCUUCUAACUCAUUUUGUUUUCUCCUGAAAUGAAGCUACCUAGGUUCCCUUGUGUUCUGUGGCUCAGCCCCUCCAAAAGUCUAAGUAUGAGCCUCAUAGAGGCAAGCUGUGUUGAGACAUUGGUGCAGACGCUGGCUAACCUGCAGAUCCGGAGCUCCGUGCAGCAUGUGCUCAGUGCUCCGUCCCGCGUCCACCUGCCGCGUUGACCUUGGACAGCUGCCAUAGUGACAUCAGUGGCCCGGCAGAAGGAUGGCACAGAACCGUUCAGUUCUGUUUCAUCGUGUUCAAAUAAGUCACAGUUUAAAAUGAGAAGUCUCAUAUCAUUUGGUACUUGCCUGCGCUGUCAGACCCACUCGUGGCAUCCCCAAAAGCCUGCAGUGCAGAUUUUCAGUUUGGUACAGUUAGAAAUGAUCCCUUGAAGCAGAACGGUAAGGACGGGCUCUCUACCCAGAGUGGCGAGUCAGUGUUUCACACUACCUCUACACCAUCACGUUAGUGCAGGUCUGGAUGUCUGGGUCCAGCCUGACACUUUGCUGGUAGAACAGGGUUGUGUAUCUAAUAAAGGGUUGAGGGUCCUCUCUUGCUAUUUCAUGGAAGGCACUAGACUGACCUUAGCAGCAAGUGCUCAUCUGCAGGAAUGUGCCAGGCCUUGCCUUGUGGAAUGUGUGCUUUAAAAAUGUUGUCCAGCAUAACGAGUGCUUGGAAAGAACAGGGGAAAGAGUUACUGGAAGACCAGAACCUCACCUGCUGCUUAGUUGCCAAAGCCCGGGAGCAUUCCUGUGUAAAGGUUAGUUGGGAAGGAAGGCAGCCAUUCCAAAAAGUCUUUGGGUUCCUCGCUGGGACACAUGGAAAAGGAGUGGGGGAAACACAGUCAUUCCUUACCCCACUGGAGGCAGAAGACGAGCUCGGGGGAAGCAGGCAUCCUGGGAUUUGUCUUUCUCUCUUUGUGCCCCUUACGAUGUUUCUGUGCUUUAAGACACCAGGGAGAGCAGGAGCAUUGACAGCAGAGCUGGGAGAACCAGGGCACAGUACAGACUUCCCUGCAGAGACACUUGUUCCCCAGGAAGGAACCCUCGCCCCUUCCUCUUCAGGCUGCCGUCACAUGAGGCGAGGAGGCUGGCCUAGACAGAAGGCACGGUGGGCAGUGAGGGAGGCUCAGCCCCCGAGGGUCACCGGUCCGGGCCAUUUGCCCCUUCCUCCUGGUGGGCACAAAGGUGAUUCCCGGUGAGAAGUGACUCAGAGAUUUCCGUGCCAAAGACUGCCUCCUGGAGGCUUCCUCACCCCAUCCUGCCUGGCUCCACAGUCGUGCGGCAGAGCUCACUGCCUCCUCUCUCAGAUUUCUGUCCAGGGGGCUUUUGCUCGAGGACACGCUUGACCUCAGGCAGACAGACUGGGACAGGUUUUGAAUCUUGAGCACAUGGCCACAGAAUGGAAAGUGAUCCCUGUCCACUGUCCCCCGUAUGUGGGAAGUGAAAGGUGCGUUCAUCCAGGUUAAAAAUCCAGGCUCAGGCAGAAGAGAGAAUUCCCAGACACUGAGCAGGUUUUGGAGAGGCAGGUGUUGAAGCCGCCAAGUGUGCUUCGUGGCAGGCGUGGACCCUGGCCGCCACCUCCUGUGCUGGAUCCACAAGAAGAUUCUAGGCUACUCUGCCCAAAGCAAAGAACCAUGGUUCUUCCCGAACAAGGAGGGAACAUGUUACACAGCCACGUUUGGGGUUGGGUUUUGUCCUCUAAGACUUAGUUAUGAUUCCCGAUGACCUCAGUUAAGUGCAAUUAUGGAAAGGAUUGGCUCGUAUCACUGUGCCGCUCAUUGAACUCCCCAGACACCUGUCUUUAGGUGAGUAACAGUAACAGAUCCAACUCCAGGGGUUCGUGGUGAAUGUCAUGGAACUUUGUCUUCCUGCCAGAUGUCAGCCACAGCUGGAGUGUGUGUGCUGCGUGUUGCGGAAUUGUUUUGUCAGUCACCUUCCUCGCGAGGUCUUUAAAUACUCUUGCGAGGCCACCUUUGUGUUGAAAUGGUAGGAAGUCCUCCUUGAGAAGAGGGUGUGGUGGCUGGGUGGGCAUAUGGAAGUGGGGUUUCUCUCUUGGGACGGCCGGUGUCAGCCCAGGAUACAUCCAGAGUCUGAGGGCCUGGGCCCUGCUGUUCACAGCACUGAAAUCCGGGCCCUGGCUUUGUUCUGAAACCAUUCAUUGGAAUGAGAGUAGUCCUUCUUGAGACUCUGUCCCGAGAGAGAGCUAGAGAGUGGGACCCAUCAUAGCCCCCCAGGUCCAUAUCAGCCUCGUGUCUGUGGGUCUCCGAAUAGGUUAGAACUGGAUUCUCCUCUGGCUGCCCUAAAGAACGCCUCUGCUCAGAAGGUGGGCCACCUCUGGUCAGGGCCCGGCAUAGCAGGCCUGCCGCCUGCCUUCCCAGACUCCUGCUUGAAAGGCCCAUGGAAGCUGGGCAGUCUUCUAAGGCUGGUACUUGCUUUGGUGAUCCCCGCUUACAGGAUGUUUUGGGAAUUUGGGUUUGCCUUCUCACUUUCAGGAGUUCUCAAGAUGGUGACAGAUUGGACAGGCCCUCUUGUGUUUUCUCCAUUCAGAUGACAGGUGGCAUUUGUCCAUAGAUCUGAGGAAAAUGUCAUCCCCUGCGCCCGACGGACCUAUAGAGCUGGGUGUAUUGGAGUUGUUUUCCGCUUCCUCGUGGUUUUUCGAUUUAGCAAAUAAACCAAAAACCUGAUUCUUUUCAUCAGUUCACCCAGUAGGUGGUUAGCUUUCUGUUUUAAGGAUGGUCUCCCUCCAGCUGCCCAGAGGAGGAUGUGUGCAGGGCUGUCCGCAUUAGAAAAGGCGGAGGACGGCCUGUUGUCGCAGGGAGUUUGACUAUUGUCCCUUAAUCAUGUGUGUUUGAAAUGCAUUCUGGAUAUGACUGUCUAACCCUUUCUGUGUGGCAGCAAAAAUAAGUCAUCUGGGUAGUUUUUAUUACUCUAGGUAGCCUGUAAGUGCGUGCUUUGGAAAAAAUAACUUUAAGAAAGCCAAUAAGGUAUUUGAGUCAGAAACAUUCUUUGUAGUUAGCACUGGAAAAUCAACAAACCCAGACUUUUAAAAAUGCCACAGACUGUUGAAAGCCUAACUCUGCUUUUUGAGAAUGAUCAACACCUUUUCAUAUGCCUUAUUCUUCAACUCAUGUGUUUUAGAUUCUGGGUACAAGGAGUUUUUAGACACAUAAUUGGUUGUUGAGCUUAAUACUAGAGGCCUAACAUAGCCCAUCCUCAGCCCUCCUUAAGAAGAAAGUGAGGUUCAUGAAUAGGGCUGCCUUUUGGGAAGAGAAAGCUAAGUGUUGCUAUUGCCAAAUGAUAUUUUUGAUAAUGUAAGGAAACACAGGGACCACUAAACCAUUUUGUUUGUUCGUUUGUUUGUUUUAAAGUGUGAAAGAUGAACUCAGUGCCUUUUGGCACCCUCUUGAUUGUAGAGGAUAUAUGGUAUCCGGCAUCGACAAAUCACAGAGACACAAAGAACUCUAGAUUGUGACAGUAUUAAUGGUUUACCCCGAUUCUGCAGAACAGCUUUUAAAAAGAUAACCAGGAAACCGGUGUGUGGGGGUGGGAGGAGGGCCUCAGAUCAGUGUGUUUUAGAUAGAAAUUCUCCACAGGUUGAAAUGCCAAAAACCUAAGCCCUACUGUGUCGCCUCGUGUACGUUAGUCCGUUUCUGCAGAGCUUUCCCCAUGAAUGCCGGUGACUGAGUAUUACACACACACAUACUCUCCCCCCGACUGUGCCGCCUCUCUCCCCAGGUGAUCCCGGGCUCCCUGUGGGCCAGGUCAAAGCAGGUGACACCCGUCCACACCUCUGCUCGACGGGUGGUUCACAGUCUCAGACCAGCCCUGCAGUCACAGUGGUACUGGAAGGAUGAAAGGGGGAUGGCUGUUUUCCCAGUGCGGAAGCAGGGGGCAGAGGAGGUUGCAAACAAAAGGUGGCUCGGUGUGAUCCAAGGACACGUGUGUCAGCUGGGCUUUCGUGGAACAACAAACCAGCAGCUCUUCACAGUCAGCACCAUUCACCGGGACACUCCUGAGGUUUUGGUCCUGUCCAGUAGACGCCCUGUCCACUGUACGUCCGUGUGCUUGAUCCCCUUGGUGUCUGUGCGUUGGGAAUGCAUUGAGAGCUGAUGUCCACCUGAUAUCUUCCCACACAAUAAACUGCCAGCAAACUUUCUAACUUGUAUUUUAACUGUUGAAAAAGAAAUUCAAAACUUUUACUUAUUAGGUCAUGUCCAAAGGAUGGACUGUAUUUCUUAUUUUUAGAAAUCAUUCUUUAAAAAUUUAACAGAACCCCCCCACCCCGAGGUAUUGAUAAAGUCCUCUGUAUAAAUGUUUUUCUCUUCUCUCCAUGCUGCCAAUAAGCCAAAUCAAAAGCUGUGAAAAAAAAAAAAGUGCUCAAGAAUGUGUGUAGAUGAGAAAGUGAUUUAUUUCCAGGUCAAAGUCUCUGUUUCAUGAAGCUACCAAAUUUUAAAAAGAAUGUCACCUUUUUUUUUUUUCCUUUGUUAUGGAACCCAGAGAUUGUAAAAAGAAAAAUAAAGUUUUUGUUGCAUUUUUGAUGCUGGCACGAGGUUUUUGUCCACUUUUUUCAUAUAUCUGUGUAUAAAAAAUUCUGUCCAUUGUUUACUAUGAAAUUAGUAUUACAUUUUGAGGUAAACAAAAGAAUUUGUAUUGCUUGAUAAACUGUUAGCUUGUAAAUUUAAGAGGUUUCUUUUCCUCAAUUAACUUAAAGUAAUGGACCAAUAAACCUAUGAAAGAUG